UCAUUUCUGGUCCUGUAUAAAAGACUGGUUUGAGCUCUGAAGCCUAUCAGAGACUCCCAGCUGUUCUGUGUACUGUAGUCUGAUCAUCAUGCGUGAAAUUGUACAUCUGCAAAUUGGACAAUGUGGAAACCAGAUCGGCUCAAAGUUCUGGGAAGUGAUCAGUGAUGAACAUGGACUCAAUGCAACAGGCAUAUAUGAGGGAGACAGUGUUCUCCAACUGGAGCGGGUCAACGUCUACUUCAAUGAGGCACAUGGUGGUAAAUAUGUCCCCAGGGCCUUGCUUGUUGACUUGGAGCCUGGUACAAUGGACAGUGUGAGAGGAAGCCGCAUCGGGGCCCUUUUUAGACCAGACAACUUCAUCCAUGGGAACUCAGGAGCUGGGAAUAACUGGGCGAAGGGCCACUACACCGAGGGAGCGGAGCUGGUGGAGCAGGUGAUUGACAGGGUGAGGAACGAGAGUGAAAGUUGUGAUUGCCUGCAGGGUUUCCAGCUGGUUCACUCACUGGGGGGUGGCACUGGCUCUGGCAUGGGAACCCUCAUCAUCAACAAGAUCCGAGAGGAGUAUCCUGACCGCAUUAUGAACAGCUUCAGCAUCAUGCCCUCCCCUAAAGUCUCUGACACGGUGGUGGAGCCCUACAAUGCCACCCUCUCAGUCCACCAACUCCUUGAGAACACAGACGAGACUUUCUGCAUCGACAACGAGGCCCUCUACGACAUCUGCUUCCGCACGCUGAAACUGACCACCCCGACUUACGGGGACCUCAACCACUUGGUCUGCAUGACCAUGAGUGGUGUCACAACUUCUCUGAGAUUCCCCGGACAGCUCAACGCAGACCUGAGGAAGCUGGCUGUCAACAUGGUGCCAUUCCCUCGCCUCCACUUCUUUAUGCCAGGUUUUGCCCCCCUGACGGCCCGUGGCAGCCAACAGUAUCGAGCCCUAACGGUGCCUGAGCUCACCCAACAGAUGUUUGACGCCCGCAACAUGAUGACAGCAUGUGACCCAAGGCGGGGACGGUACCUGACGGUUGCUGGCAUGUUCCGUGGCCGGAUGUCUACCAAAGAGGUAGAUGAACAAAUGCUUGCAAUGCAGCAGAAAAACAGCAACUACUUUGUGGACUGGAUCCCCCAUAACGUCAAGGUCGCCGUGUGUGACAUCCCACCACGAGGCCUCAAAAUGGCCUCCACCUUCAUUGGCAACAACACAGCAAUUCAGGAGAUAUUCCGCCGUGUGGGUGAGCAGUUUUCCAUGAUGUUUAGACGCAAAGCUUUUCUUCACUGGUACACAGGGGAAGGUAUGGAUGAAAUGGAGUUCACUGAGGCAGAGAGCAACCUCAAUGACCUGGUGUCAGAGUACCAGCAGUACCAAGAAGCCACUGCUGAUAUAGGUUGGGAUGCAGAAGACGAAGAAGAGGAGGGACCCUCAACACCAGCAAUGAGUGUUCAGUCUCGACAGGAAAUCAAACUGGAAACAGUGAUAGAAAAAAGCAACGACACUGUAGAUGAGUAGAAGAUGUAAAGGCGUACAGUGUGGCGUGAAGGUUUAACUCGCUGUUGCAAGAAUGUGGAAAACAUGUUGGAUUGGUGAUUUGAAAUGAAACUUGAUUAAUGGUGUUGCGACAUUUAAAUAAUAGUGCUUAUUGUCUUUUAUGUAUUCUUCAAAUGAUUUGUAAGCUUUAUUUGUUUUUAAGGAUUGUAGUUUUUUUUCUUUUAUAGUCAAUCUUUGACAAUUGUGGGAAUUUUGUAUGUAUAUAUUAAAAGGUUUAUGUUAUGCCAGCUCUAUAUAAUCCACAGCUAUAAAAAUGACAUUAUGAUAUUAACACUGCUAAAAACUAAAAAUUCCCAGACUUACAGUAAAAGCUGUAUUUAGUGUUUUGCAUUUAAGUUAUGACGGUAAUUAAAAACAGUCAAACCAAA